AAAUAGAAUGGAGGGAUCGUUUGAUAAAGACAAUGGUGACGGCAGCUUUGAGCCAUCAGUAAAAGAAACUAAUAAGAGUGAGAAGUCUAAGACUUCCAAUGCAAGAGAUAAUGCUAAAUCAAAGAGAAGAUCUAAAAAUGAUUCAGAAGGGAGGAACUUUAAAUGCAAUCUGUGAGAUAAAUAGCUAUCUGAGUUACCCUGCUUUAUACACACACAAAAAGACUAAGCAUCCUGAUUCUGAAGGAAAUCCACCAAAAGUAAUCCCUGCAGCUUCGAAGAGAGGAAGGCCACCUAAAAGUGAAAAAUACGGAUCUUUUAGUGAAAAAUACUCAGACCAUGAUGGAGGCAAAAGUCAAAAACCUCAAAUUGAUCUGCUAAAAUCUUACCAAGAUGCUCUAAAAGAAUUCACUGAUCAAAGUGCUUCUGAAGAAGGAGGGCCUAGCUCUUCCCCAGGACUAAUGAAAAGCAUGAGCAAGCUCUUCAAGAAUCAAAUAGAACCUCAAACAAAUCCACUAUACAAAUGUCUUGAGAAAGUAACAGCAGGAAGUAAAGAGAAGAUUAAGAACUGCGAUGAAGCAAUGGCAGAGUACCUAAACUAUUGCACUAAUGAAUGUAACAGUGAAUUCUUCUUGACAGUGUGAAAAUAUAUUAUCAUCUACAGAGAAGCCUUCAAUCAAUUCGGCCCUGAAAAAUAUAAAUCUGACGAUCCAUCUCAGCAGUGGGAAAAAGAGUACUACGAAAGUCUGAAUAAAAGAUUAUAUGCUAAAGGAUUUUCUGAGCUUGCUGGAACUGAGUAUCUUCCUGAUAUCGCUAAUGAGCUAUAUGUAUUCUAUCAGUUUCAUUUCAACAAGUUACAGAUCACUGAAAGACAGAUAAAGGAUAUCACUAUCAAUUUCUGAGAUUGGUUAUACAAGGAGAAGCUUACUACUGCUAAAGUUGUUCUUUAAAGCAAUUUCAAGUGUCAAAU